GGAUUUUUCAUUCUAGAUUUACUGAACAACGAAAGUACAAAACUUGUGAGAAAAGUGACUUUUUUUAAGGGAAAAAAAAACCUGUAGGAAAAGUAGAGAAGUCGUUCUGGGUUUUGGAGCUUAAACAGUUUGAACUUAUUCAUGCGGAUGUUCUGGCAUUCAUUUUUCUUGGAUUUCAGGCUUUUUGAGAUUCCCCGGGAAUCUCUUGGGAUAUGGAUUUUGAUUUUGUUGCCAACCAAGUGUGAAUGAAUUGUUGGGAUUUUAGCCGUUGAACAAGACCAGCAAUAGGCCCAUCAGUUUCAAUAAAGACAGCCUGUUAUGUCGCUUGUUAAGGGUUUUCUUUCUUUUGUUUUUGUUUCUUCUCUUUUGCCCUUUUCUGAUUCAAGUCUCAAGAAUCUCAAGUGUCUGGUUAGCUUUUGUUGUACAGUUGUAGUUAGCCAGCGCACUGAUCCUACGUUUGAAUCACCAAAAAGUUCAAAAAAAACAACUUGGCAUUCAUGUGCUUUAUAAGCUUUCAUUAAAAAAACAUAAACUUUGAUGUCUCUUCCGAUUGUUCCUUCUUCCUUUUACUUGUUUGUAAGUUCAAUCAUGUUUCUUCUCCCCUUAAGCAAAUUGUGUUUUGCUUUCACCUCUCUCUUGUCUUUUGUUUAUAUUUGAUACCUCUAAGUUAUAAGACCAGUAUAAAUCUCAGUUGCCAUCCACUCAAACAAGAACUUGUGGCUGAUAUUUGAUUUUUGUUCUCUCAUUUGUAGUUUAAAUUCUUCCAGGUUAUUUGAAAAGCGGGUCUAAUGCGAUACGGGUUUUGGAGGGCUUCAAUGGGUUGAUGCUUAUUGACAAUGCGCUUGUUCUGGUGGCAACAGCUGCCUCUGCUUUUACUGAUCCAACUUUUGGAACCCAGCAGAACAGGCUACAAAAUAUAUGCUGAAGCUCUACAAACUUUCAAGAGCAGAGUUGGAGGUCCUCAACUAUUCAAUGGUCAAAUUGGAAGAUGUCCAUGUCUAAGACAAUGGAAAAUUGUCAACUGCCAUAAGGACCGCAGGUUUUCUGGUAUCUGUUCAGUUCCCCGGCUGGCUAACACAGUCAAUUUGUCCCCAUUUUCUCCAAGACUUGUUGCACACUCUUCAAUUCAAUUACAAAAAGAGCUCCAUAAACCAAGAAACAGGAGGAUAGCAGCCAUAGUUGAUGGGGAUAAUGGUGCUCCAACACUCACACCUGUGCAAGAAGCACGUGGUAACAAUCCAAGAAAACAGAAAGUUGCAGCACUUAUUGGUGGAGCUGCUGCAGCUCUGCUUGUGGUUAUCAUAGUGGUGCUUGUUUACAUCUGUUUGAUGCGAGUGAAAAGAUUCAUUAGACGAACAUCUGAAACAGGGUCAUCCGUACCAUCACCUCCUGUUGAAUGGGAAAGAGGGAAUAUGUCUCCCUACGCCGUUGCUCUCUCUGUGUAUAAUACACAGAACUUGAGACAACUCACCAUAUUGGAACUGGAACAAGCGACAUGCAAUUUCAAUGAAAUUAAUAUCAUAGGCCAAUGUAGAUUUGGUUUGGUCUACAAGGGAUUGCUGCAAGAUGGAUCUAUUGUGGCUAUCAAGAGACGCCUACAUGCCCCAACUCAGUACUUCUUUCAUGAGGUGAAGCGCAUAGCUCAUGUCAACCACGUGCAUGUUCUCAGGCUUGUUGGUUAUUGUCAAGAUGCUAGUCAACAGUUACUUGUCUAUGAAUAUCUUCCAAAUGGGAAUGUUGGAAAUCAUCUUUAUGAUGCUGAAGGUUUACCUAUUGGAAAGUUGGGCAUAAGACAAAGGUUAUCGAUUGCCUUGGGAGCAGCUAAAGGACUUGCGCAUCUUCACAAUUUGGUGCCUCCUCUCCUGCACAUGUAUUUCAGGACAAGCAAUGUUCUACUGGAUGAAAACUUUACUGCCAAGGUGUCUGAUUAUGGACUAACCAAAUUGCUAGUUAAGGGUCAUCAUGCCGGAUCAUCUUCCACCAUAGAUUACUUUCGUGACCCGGAGUUAGACUUAUCAAAGAAAUUUUCAGAGAAAAGUGAUGUGUACAGUUUUGGGGUCUUCUUACUGGAAUUGAUCAGUGGACGUGAGGCAAAUGGAAGAAUCCAGUUAAGCUCAGGGGAUAAUUUAAUACUGCAGGCGAAGGGUUGCAAUGAUUUGGGCAGAUUUGUUGAUAAAACAUUAGGUGACAACUCAAUGCAAGCUGCAAAGCAAAUGAUGGAGUUGGCAUUGAUGUGCAUAGAUGCUAGUCAGCAAAGGCUGCAAAUGCAGAUUGUCGUUGAAGAGCUAGAACGAAUUCAUCGAGCCAGCGAAAUUACCCAUUUUCAUGUAGAAGUUGAUGAGGAGAUAGGUGCUGUGACUCUUGGGAGUGAGCUUUUCAAAUGAGCUCCCUGUAUGUUUCACUUCAUUCUUUUAUAGAUUUGAUUGGUUGUAAUUAGUUACAGAAGAAAAAUACAUAUUAUAAAAGCAUUCUUGAGUAUAUAAAUCAAAUGAAAAUAGCAAAGUUUCAGGGUUUAUCUGCCUCUGCCAUCCUUUUAACUCU